AUGUCUCGGCAAUCCAAUCGCACAACAGACAGCAAGAAGAUGAAUUCUGAGCUGUUCACACUGACGUACGGGGCUCUGGUCACGCAACUAUGCAAAGACUACGAGAACGAUGAGGAGGUCAACAAACAACUGGACAAAAUUCUUAUUUUCCCUUCUUACUUUCAUAGGGGUUAUAACAUUGGAGUGCGUCUCAUCGAGGACUUCCUGGCACGCUCCAGCGUCGGCAGGUGUCAGGAUUUCCGAGAAACGGCCGAUGUCAUCGCUAAGGUGGCGUUCAAGACAUACCUCGGGGUGACCCCCAGCGUGACCAACUGGAGCCCUGCGGGAGAUGAGUUUUCCCUCAUUCUGGAGAGCAAUCCGUUGGUGGACUUUGUGGAGCUGCCCGAUAACCAUAAUACACUUGUCUACUCCAACCUGCUGUGCGGCGUCCUCAGAGGAGCUCUGGAGAUGGUCCAAAUGGCUGUGGAUGUAAAAUUUGUCCAGGACACACUUAGAGGGGAUAAUGUAACAGAAAUCCGCAUGAAGUUCAUCAAGAGGAUUGAAGAGAAUCUCCCCGCAGGAGAUGAGUGA